AUGUCCAGUGAUCAGCAGAGGUCCGAUGGUGAGAGCUCCAGCACCAGCAGUGGUAGUUCAGAUGCGGACCAGCGAGACCCAGCCGCUCCAGAGCCUGAAGAACAAGAAGAAAGAAAACCUUCUGCCACCCAGCAGAAGAAAAACACCAAACUCUCUAGCAAAACCACUGCUAAGUUAUCCACUAGUGCUAAAAGAAUUCAGAAGGAGCUAGCUGAAAUAACCCUUGAUCCUCCUCCUAACUGCAGUGCUGGGCCUAAAGGAGAUACCAUUUAUGAAUGGAGAUCGACUAUACUUGGUCCACCGGGUUCUGUAUAUGAAGGUGGUGUGUUUUUUCUGGAUAUCACGUUUUCAUCCGAUUAUCCAUUUAAGCCACCAAAGGUUACUUUCCGCACCAGGAUCUAUCACUGCAACAUCGAUAGUCAGGGAGUCAUCUGCCUGGACAUCCUUAAAGACAACUGGAGUCCUGCUUUGACUAUUUCAAAGGUUUUGCUGUCCAUUUGUUCUCUUUUGACAGACUGCAACCCAGUGGAUCCUCUGGUUGGAAGCAUAGCCACUCAGUGUUUGACCAACAGAGCAGAACAUGACAGGAUAGCCAGACAGUGGACCAAGCGAUAUGCAACAUAAUUCACAUAAUUUGUAUGCAGUAUGAAGGAGGAGAAGGCAUCUUCUCACUGUGCUGCAAAUCUUUAUAGCCUUUACAAUACAGAC